CCUGCGGGAGGGGCGGCGGAGGCCAGGGCCGAGAGCUCCGGGCGGUCGCAUUGUUUUCCUCCGCGGAGCCGCGGCCAGAGUGGUCUCUGCGGUUCGAACCCUGACUCGCGAAACCCGGGAGCCCGACCGGAGACCCCAGCUCCCGGACGCCGGCCCCUUCCUCCCAACUCGAGACCUUCUUCCUGUCCCCCGGGAUCCCCGCUCCAGUUCCCCCAAAAGCUGGGAUCCCCGAGCCCCGGACUCUCGAGCCCACGGCCGCCGCCUCCAUCCCGCAAACCUGGCUUCCAGGGCUUGACAUAUGGGUGAGAGAGUGCCACCUGAGGCCUGAGCUGGCCUGCCCAGGAUGCCCCGGGGCCCUCCCCUCACCCCUCUGCCGCUCCUGUUCCUGCUGCUCUCCACUCCCUGCACCGGGGCCACCUUCCCCCAGGAUCCCCUCCCCCUGGCAACCUCUGACCUCCAAGGCCUGCCGCCCCUCUCCUGGUUCCGGGGCUUGGAGGACGAUGCUGUGGCGGGAGAGCUGGGUCUGGACUUCCAGCGGUUCCUGAUCCUGAACCGGACGCUGCUGGUGGCCGCCCGGGAUCAUGUUUUCUCCUUUGAUCUUCAAGCUCAAGACUGGGAAGGGCUGGUCCCAGACAAGUAUCUGACAUGGAGGAGUCAGGACGUGGAGAACUGCGCCGUGCGAGGGAAGCUGAGGGACGAGUGCUACAACUACAUCCGUGUCCUCGUUCCCCGGGACUCCCGGACCCUCCUUGCCUGCGGGACAAAUUCAUUCAGCCCCAUGUGCCGCAGCUAUGGGAUCUCUUCCCUGCAGCAGGAGGGCGAGGAGCUGAGUGGGCAAGCUCGCUGCCCCUUUGAUGCCACACAGUCCACUGUCGCCAUCUUUGCAGAGGGCAGCCUCUACUCCGCCACGGCCGCAGAUUUUCAGGCCAGCGACGCUGUGGUUUACCGGAGCUUCGGCCCCCAGCCCCCUCUCCGCUCCGCCAAGUACGACUCCAAGUGGCUCCGAGAGCCGCACUUUGUCCAUGCCGUGGAGCACAGGGACCACGUUUACUUCUUUUUCCGAGAAGUCUCUGUGGAGGACGCUCGGCUGGGACGGGUGCAGUUCUCUCGGGUGGCCCGCGUGUGUAAGCGGGACGUCGGCGGCUCCCCCCGGGCCCUGGACCGACACUGGACGUCUUUUCUGAAGCUUCGGCUCAACUGCUCUGUGCCGGGGGACUCCACCUUCUACUUCGACGCGCUGCAGGCCCUGACCGGGCCGGUCCCUCUGCACGGCCGCCCUGCUCUUUUCGGGGUCUUCACCACGCAGACCAACAGCAUCCCUGGUUCUGCUGUCUGUGCCUUCUACCUGGAUGACGUUGAACAUGGAUUUGAGGGCAAGUUCAAGGAGCAGAGGAGCCCAGAUGGAGCCUGGACUCCUGUGCCUGAGGACAGGGUCCCCUCCCCCAGGCCAGGGUCCUGUGCAGGGCUGGGUAGAGCGGCUUCAUUUCCUUCUUCCCGGGAUCUCCCUGACGAAGUCCUGACUUUCAUCAAGGCUCACCCUCUUCUGGAUCCCGCUGUGCCCCCCGCCACCCACCGGCCCCUUCUCACUCGAACUGGCAGAGCCCUGCUGACCCAGGUGGCUGUGGAUGGAACAGCUGGUCGCCAUGGCAACACCACUGUCCUCUUCUUGGGGACUGAAGAUGGGACGGUCCUGAAGGUGCUCCCCCCCGGAGGGGGGCGUGGGAACACUGAGCCCAUCUUGCUGGAGGAGAUUGAUACCUACAGCUCUCCCCGGUGUGGCGGGAAGCGCUCAGCACAGUUGGCCCGACGGGUUCUUGGGCUGGAGCUGGAUCCCGACGGCCACAGGCUCUUCGUAGCCUUCUCGGGCUGUGUGGUCCACGUGCCUCUCAGUCGGUGUACCCGGCAUGGGGCUUGUCAGAGAAGCUGUCUCGACUCUCAGGACCCCUACUGUGGGUGGGAAAGCUUCAAAGGCUGCGUGGAUGUCAGGGGACCCGGCUGGACUGACCUGGAGCAGGAUGGGGACGAGGAGGUCAUGGAUCAGGGAGACUGCCAUGAUGGGGCCACUGGGAGUCACUCCGGGCCAGGGGAUUCUGCCUACGAGCCUCUGGGUCCCAGCCCUCCCCCUGAGGCCCCCAGUCCCCCCAAUGAUGCCCACCCCUGGUCCCCGCCCUCCACUCUUCGGGCUCACCUAGAGGGUAAGGCAGGUGUCCGCCGAGACCCGCCCCCAGCCUCAGCUCCCGCCACGGUCCCGGUGCCGCUGCUCCUGGCCAGCGUGGCCGCGGCCUUCGCGCUGGGGGCCUCCGUGUCCGGGUUCCUGGUCUCCUGUGCUUGCCGCCGAGCCUAUCGCCGCAAUCCCAGGGGAAACAAGGAGGCCGAGAGCCCCGGACUGCCCCGGCCCCUCUCCCUGCGAAGUCUGGCCCGGCUGCACGGUGGGGGUCCCGACGCCCCACCCCCCGCCAAGGACGGGGACUCCCCCGCCGUGCCCCAGCUCUACACCACCUUCCUCCCCCCCAGCGAGGCCAUGCCGGCCCCAGAGCUGGCCUGCCUGCCCACCCCCGAGUCCACCCCCGAGCUUCCAGUCAAGAAACUCCAAGCAGUGCAGGGGCCCUGGGAGUGGAACCACAACGGGAACAACGCGGCGGACAGCUCGGCGCCCUCCCGAGGCGGCUCGGGCCCCGCCCCCAGGGUGCUGGUGAGGCCGCCCCCGCCCGGCUGUCCUGGUCAGGCUGUGGAAGUGACCACCUUAGAGGAGCUGCUCCGCUACCUCCAUGCUCCCCAGCCUCCCCGGAAGGGGACAGACCCCCUGCCCCCAACUAGCCCCUGUGCCCCUCUCCCCUUGGCUGCCCGGGGGCAGCCCCGAGCCCCCCCUCCAGAGCCAGCCCACACUCUCUUUUCUGGCUCCUCCCCACUCCCCCGUGACUGCACCCCUCCCCUCCGCCUGGACAUCCCCCCUGAUGGCAAGUGCGCAGCCCCAUCCCGCCCCCCCCUCUCUGCCCCUGCUCCCCGCCUCGGGAUUGGAGGUACCCGGGGUCUCUCUCCCUCUCCACACCGGGGCCCUCCGGGCCUGCUGACUCGCGUCCCCUCAGUGGGAACCUCAAGAUAUUCUGGGGGUCAUGGAAGGUACCCUCUGUACCUUGGCCGGCCUGAGGGAUACAGGGGACGAGCUCUGAAGAGGGUCGACGUGGAGAAGCCCCAGCUGCCCCCUAAGGCUCCUCUGCUUGUGACCUCCCCCUCUCAAGCCCCCCCUAGUGGCCAUUUUAACUAUUGAGGGUCACUACUCCGUUGAGAGAGGGUGUGCCAGCCAGAGACUUGAAGGGACACGGAACCCGCACUAACGGCGUCCUUCCUGGACUCGGGACCUCUCCUCUUCCCUACUUAUUGCCCAUCUUGGGCUUAUUUAUUGACUCUCAUCGUAGUCUUUUUCCUUGCUCUCCCCCGACUCCAGGGGUUGGGGCCCGGGGAGAGGCCUUGCCUCUCCCUCCCACCACUGUGAGCCAGCCCUACUUAGUGGGAGCUGGCUGGGGCUCCCACCCGUAACUCCUCCAGCCAAGCUGCCUUAGCCCUCCCCCCCAGCUCCUCCAUAGUCUGGGACCCCCAGGCUGGGGACGUCCACGAUUGGGGGAUUGGGGUAGGGUACGUAUGUAUAGUGUACAGGGUUCUCGGGGCUGCCCGAGACAUCAGCACCUCCUACUGUGUAGGAGCCUUCCGUCACCCCAAUACAACGAUGUGCCCCCAGA